AUGGAUCAACAAUUCAUUGUCAAUAACAACAUCCAUGUCGUCCAUGAUCAACCACCAGAGUGGGCCGUCGCGUCGCCGUCGGUCGGUAGACUUGACGAUGAGUGUGUCUCCGUGCAUUUAGUCACAAACGUCACCGCCAUGCGAGGUCGGUAUCUAGCAUCUGGGUGUUCGUAUAAAGAUCUGCAUUACUCCUACCGAGUUGGUGUCUCAACAAUUAGCAAUAUUGUGAGAGAAGUUACUCGGAGUAUAUGGAAUAAUAUGGGUACUAAAUUUAUGGCAUGCCCUGAUACGCCAGAUAAAUGGGAGGAAAUAGCGAAUGGAUUCUGGAUGAAAACGAAUUUCCCGCAUUGCCUCGGUGCGGUAGACGGGAAACAUAUAAGACUGAGAAAACCCGAUAACACUGGCUCUAUGUACUUCAACUACAAAGAUUACUUCUCUAUUGUUUUAUUAGCAGUCGUAGAUUCAGAAUAUCGUUUUAUAUACGUGAAUAUAGGGUCCUAUGGAAAAGAUUGUGAUUCGUCAAUCUGGAAAGAAUCUACAUUGUGGAAAAAGUUGACACAGGGCGCUUUAAACAUACCAACACCCAGACCUUUAGAACAGACACAAAUAAAUGUACCCUUUGUGUUUAUUGGCGAUGAAGGUUUCGGAUUGCAUGACAAUUUAUUAAGGCCUUUUGGCGGUACACAUUUAGACAAGAAAAAGCGAAUAUUUAAUUACCGACUUACUCGCGCUAGAAGAUAUGUUGAAUGUGCAUUUGGCAUCUUAGCUAAUAGAUGGAGGAUAUUUCAUCGUCCUCUAGAUGUUAAACUAGAAACAGCAAUAUGGAUAGUAAAAGCGUGUACUGUGUUACAUAAUUUUGUCCGAGAAAAAGACGGGUUUAAUUUUGAAAACGCUCAUUUGCCAGAAAUCCACCUUGACAACUUACCAAAAGCACAAAAUAUACGAGGAGGACUAUCUGCCAAUUCCAUAAGAACAACUUUUGCUGACUAUUUUCUAACAGAAGCUGGUUCUGUUUCUUGGCAAGAUGAAGCCAUCGCUAAAGCGUUCUUUUCAGGCGUAUCUGUCAGUAUUGCUGAUUUUCUAAUUCGGUGCUUAGUUGCUGUAGAUGAUCUUGGUGGUGCUUUUGGUAAAGGUUUGAUAGCUUCAGGGGAAAAUAUGCGAGAUGUGGCUUGA